GACCGUCGAAAGGUUUAUUUAAUACAGGUAACAGUUCCCCCUGUAUUUACAGUAAAGGCCCCCACCCACGGGCUCCCCCAGUGAUGCCAGUGGCUCCCACAGGAAGAGACCGGAGGAGGAAGAAGAAGAGGAGGUAUGGACAGUAACCAUGGCAACCAGAAGGGUUAAGUGAGAACGGACAUUGACUGCAGUGAAGAUGAGUAUUUCCAUCACUAAUGCAGCCCAGUAGCUAUUCUGACCUUUGAAGUUUCACUUUGCAGGGAAAUGGGCUGUAAUACUGCAUGGAGCGGUAUGGUGUGUUUCAUAAAUAUUGUUUACUGCAUAGUUGUUUAUGUUAUGAUGCCAGAAGAACUGCCAUGAUGUCGUACAAUCAGGUAUAGAUAUCACAUCGAGGAAAUUCCCCCAAUUUCUCAGCCAGUGGAGUUAAUCCAACUGUUGUAAUGUUUGUGCCACUGACUGAAACAUCCUGUAUUCACAUCAUUGGCACUUCCUACACACUGUCUACAGUAAGUGGGGAGCACUCAACUCCUCUCCUUGCCGUAGCAUAUUUCCCCUCUUAGCUGCCUGUCCUCUGUGUAUUGAUCUGCUGCUAUUCUGAGGCCUGUGGAAAGGAGGCAGGGAAACAGGAAAAUUAAGUCAUAUAAAAAGGGAGGAUAGGAAUAUCUGUAUGCAAAACCUCUCAAAUGGCCCUCAGUCCCAACAUGUCACAAGUCUGAGCUUUUUGUUUUUUAAUGUUUUAUCUCAAUGAGAUAUCAAAACAACUUUUCACUUUAAUAUCCUGUGAAUGCCACAAUGCUGGUAUUAAGAUUUAAGAUUAAGAUUAACUUUAUUAUUAUCCCAGAGGGACGCUGGUUUGCAGUGUGUGCACAAAAUGCAACAUACACAAUAAUAAAAACAUACACACUAAGAAAGAAUCCAAGACAUAGUCCACACAUGGCAUACAUCAUUCAUAAAAAUACACACACAUACACACAAAACAACAAAAAAACAAAACUACACAGCACCGUCCAGCAGUGCACAUGAUGUACAAAGGUUCAAUGUGAGAGAAGUCACAAUGCAGCCCAGAAAAAUAUACACAAUACAAUACUUUCCACUGUGCAGCACUAAUUAUAGGACUGCUGUGAGUACUGGGAGUUUUAUGUCCCAAACAUACACACCAGUAUUGACAGUAUUUUGGUUUUAUAGUUGGAUGUCAUUCACAAUACUUACAGUCACAAUCAAAGACUCUUAACUUAAAUAUUAAAUCAUGUCAGAAGUUUAGUUUGCAAAUUGAUAAUACAGUUUAUUUACAUUUUCAGCCACAUGAACUAAUACUAACACGUCUCUGUUGACUCAUAUUCUUUAUUCCAUUACUAAAUUAAACAACUUGUUUUAUGAUCCUGGGUGUGGGCAGUAUAAUAGUGUAUUAGAGCUACGUACUGGAAUGGCUAAUGGAACAUUUAACAUGGUAUUUCCAAGAAACACCUCAUAGUUUACUCUGAAAGUCAGAGACAAGUUUAUGUUUUACAAGCUUCUACAAAUCAAAUGAGCUUCAAAGACUAUUUUCAACUGUUAUCCAUGAUGUUGUCGUCUUGUUAUGUUCAUGUUAUGAAUGAAGGUUUUAUUGGGGGAUGGAUAUGGAACAUCAGGCUCAGAUUGUUUUCAGUGACUAAUAGUGGUGAGUCAUGCCUGGGAAACCUAAUUACAUUCAUAUGAAAAUGUUACGUCAACAUGAGGACUCCAGACUGUGGGGACUUCAGUUUACAUUGUGGAAAAUAGCUCAGUUUGGUGAUUUUCUUAUAUCUUAAAUAGACUGAAAGGUGUCUAAUGUGUGACUCAGUGUCUGUUGGUGUGUGUGUGUGUGUGUUACCACUAUCCCUCUCUGGUCCCCUUUGAAUACCAAAUGCCAUCUCUAAGAGGUAUAAUAAGUUUAAUCUGCCAGCAGUCAUGAAUAUGCUAAGCUUAUUAUGGACAGCUCUAAUGGAUAUGCAAAAAAAAACAACAACCAGCGACUCCUCACAUUACCAUGUUUCUCAUAACUGGGCCAAAGAGCUGGAAAUAGGCUGACUGACUAGAUAUAGUAUCAUAGAUAUAUAUGAGAGAGAGACAGUUAUCACUGCUGAUGAGUAAGAUUGUUUUGUUUUUUCCUGUUGAGAAACCUGUGAUUAAGAUGCUUGUAUAACUUGAACAUUGAGCCUAGUUAGUGCACCUUUUCUUAGAAGCAUAACACAGGACCUCCUACUUAUUUUACACUUCAAUCAUCACCAAUAUCACCUGAAUCUGGAGGUACCUUUUGUUGUUCUUUUAUCUGAAGAUGGUAUAUCACAAGGCCUAGUCACAAGGUUACUGUGACGUCAAGUGUGAAGAAGGAUUCCCUUUUCUGCUUCUGAAAAGUCUCCUGUUGUUCUUUCAGAUGAAGUCAUGGAAUAAAAAAAGAGACCCACAAAAUACCACAUUGCCUCAAACAGUAAAAAAACAAAAAAAACAAAACCUCAGGCAAAACAAUUAACAGAAACACUCAUUACCGCUCGCUGACACACAUUUGCUCUCUGAGUCAACCCCUCACCAAAACAAAACAGGCCAUACAUUCCUCUCUCUCCUCAUCGCUCUCUGCCUGCAACCUCAAUGUUUUUUCACUUUAUCGCUCCAUCUGGGUGUCUGUUUGCUGGCCUCAGCAGGAACCCUGAAUGGAGGGCUGCUUAAUACUCCAAACCCACCCCCCACCCCCUUUUGCUUGUCUGCUUUAUCUCACUCAAAUAUGCCCCUACACAUAUAAAUAGAACAAGUCUAAACCAUGUGGAAAAAUGCCUAUGGGGAGUCCAAUUCUAGAUGAUCGCAGUGAGCAACCGCUGCAUUAUAGGAAAUGAUGUAGACAACUGAUCCUCAUCCCCUGACUGUGCUCUUCUUCUACUACUUCCUAUGUUGCCCUGCAGCAAUGGGCUACAUAUGCUGCAGCCACGGAAAGCCGCGGUGAUGUGUGUGGAGCUGCCUGUGAAUGGCAGACAGGCAGUCGCAGUGUAGAGAGGCAGAGACAGGCAGCUGUGCAAACUCUCAGCAUCCUCCAGCAAUGAUGUAGACUUGACGAUGGUGAUGAUGUGCUGGGUCAGCCUCGCAGGGAGGAGGAGCAGCGACUGAUUCUCUCCUCCGUUACACGCCACACCUGGCACUCUAUGUCUGUCCUGAUUGGGCGGGCAAAGUGCUAUGUCAUCAACCACACCCUCUGCGGCCCCGCCCCUUAAGAAGGGAAGGAAGCCGGAGAAAUCAGAGGUGAUGGCUGAUUCGGUGCAGGCCACCAACGAGGAGCUGAGGACCAAACUCAUGGACGUCCAGAUUGAGCUGCAGCAGGAGCGAGGCAAGGUGUGUAAGCUCCGUGAGCGGCUCCAGGAGCAGCGGCAGGCUCGGGAGCUGGAGCAGCACAAACACGCCGUAGCACUCACCGACCUGCGUGCCAAACUCCACGAGGAGAAGCUACGUGAGAUCGCAGCCGCCCGUGAAACCCUGGCACGGCAGCAUGAGGUCGAGCUGGCCAGGGCCAUCAAGAUCCGAGACACUGAGGUGCAGAGGCUUCAGGGACUGGUAAAUGCACUGAGAGACGGAGCAGCUGACAAGCUGAAAAAUGCUCUUCUCGGAGAGGCCCGGGAGGAGGCCAGGAGGGCUUUCGAUGGGGAAAGGAUAAAGCUACAGCAGGAGAUUCAGGAGCAGAAGACGGCCAGGAAGCAGGCUGAGGAGGCGCUGGCCAAUGCUCUGCAAGCGGAUAAAGCAAAAGCAGCUGAUCUCCGAACAGCUUACCAACAGCACCAGGAUGAGGUGCAUCGCAUCAAACGGGAUUGUGAGAAAGACAUCCGCCGGCUGAUGGAUGAAAUAAAGGCGAAGGACCGGGUGGUGUGUGCGCUGGAGAGAGAGCUCGGGGCGCAGGCCGGCUACGCCCAGAAGCUUCAGCUCCAGAAGGAAGCCCUUGAUGAGCAGCUGGGCCAGGUGCGAGAGGCUGAGAGACACAACCAUGGCAGCCCAAAGAGAGAGGUGGUGCCUGGGCUGGGGGACAACGGAGACCUGCUUAACAACCAGGAGGUGGAGGAGCGUGACAUGAGGAGGUUCCAGCUGAAGAUAGCAGAGCUCCACUCGGUCAUCAGGAAACUGGAGGACAGAAAUGCACUGCUGGCUGACGAGAGGAAUGAACUAUUGAAGCGGGUGCGAGAGGCAGAGAGUCAGAUGAAACCCAUGUUCGAGAAGAACAAGCGCCUGUCCAAGAAGAAUGAUGACCUCCUGCAAACACUGCAACGCAUGGAGGAGAAACUCAAAAACCUGAGCCGAGAGAACGCUGAGAUGAAGGAGAAUGCCUCCUCCUCUCGGCCCCCCUCACAGCAGCAAACCCACCAACCCCAGCUGAAGCGGCCAAGCUCCCUGACAGACUUAAGCCACGCCCACGAGGAACAGGAAGUGGAGUUCCUCAAGCUGCAGGUUGCUGAGCAACGUGGCAUCAUUGAUGAGCUCACGCAGGAACGUGACCGAUUGGUGAUGAGCAAGAAGAACAGGAGGAAACCUCUCAAACUGUCUAAAAGGCAUGUUGUGGAGACAUAUUUUGGAUUUGAUGAGGAGUCGAUAGACUCUGAGACGUCCUCUCUGACCUCCUAUAACACCGACCUCACUGACCGUACGCCUGCCACUCCAGAGGAAGAUUUAGAAGAGUGUGUUUCUCGUGAAGAGUCAGAGCUUCGUUUCCGUCAGCUGACCAGAGAGUACCAGGCUCUCCAGCGGGCUUACGCCCUCCUGCAAGAGCAGAGCGGAGGCUCUCUGGAUGCCGAGAGGGAGGCCAGGACACGUGAGCAGCUGCAUGCAGAGCUCAGCAGCUGCCAGGCCAAGAUCGUCGACCUGGAGAAGGCUCUAGUCGAGCGGGGGCAGGACUCAAAGUGGGUGGAGGAGAAGCAGUACUUGCUCAGGACGAACCAGGAACUUCACGAGAAGAUGUGUGCGUUGCAGCAGGCAGAGUCGCGGCUGCAGGCAGAGGUUCAGGACGCCCGGGACCAGAAUGAGCUGCUGGAGUUCAGAGUGCUGGAACUGGAAGAGAGGGAGCGCAGAUCUCCUGCCCUCAACCUCCACAUGUCUGCAUUCCCCGAGAACAGCAGCAGUGCCCUGCAGAUCUACUGCCAUCAGGAGGGUGUCAAGGAUGUAAUCAUUCCUGAGCUGAUGAAGAAACUGGAUAUCCUGGGAGAUAACGGGAAUCUCAGAAACGAGGAGCAGGUAGCAGUGAUCCAGGCAGGAACAGUGAUCUCUCUGUGUGAAAAGUGGUUGAAACAGAUUGAUAGCACAGAGGCCGCCCUGACGCAGAAGAUGAUUGACCUUGAAAAUGACAAGGAGUUGUUCAGUAAGCAGAAGGGAUUCCUUGAGGAGGAGUUGGACUACAGGAAACAGGCCUUGGACCAGGCCUACAUGAGGAUCGAGGAGCUGGAGGCCACGCUGUAUAGCGCUCUGCAGCAGGAGCAGCCGGCAUGCCAGGCGGUGGCCGAGUCGCUGACAGACAGGCAGAGGGAGGAGCUGAGGCUAGCCGUGGACAAGCUGCGGCGUCAGAUUCUCCGGCAGAGCCGGCAGUAUGACAGUCAGAUCUUACAGGAGCGCAUGGAGCUCCUACAGCAGGCCCAGCAGAGAAUUAGAGAGCUGGAGGACAGGAUUGACUUGCAAAAGAGACAAAUAAAGGAAAUAGAGGAGAAGUUUUUGUUCCUCUUUUUAUUUUUCUCUUUAGCAUUUAUUCUUUGGCCUUAAUGAAAGUGACUGGAC